UGCAUAUUUACAUUUCAUAUAAUGUACAAUUCCCAAAUCUAAUAGACCCAAUUCAUUUAUGUUUUGUCGUGUUGUGAUUUGAUUCAAAUUCUUGUUAGAAUAUAUGAUCAUUCUCAAGAUAUAUGAACCAUACCUUGGUUUAUACGGAGUAAAGAAGAAUAAAACUAGUGAGUGCAAAUUCUCAGCCCUUGAGGAAUUUUCUCAUUUCCCGCACAUCUCUCUUUGGUUUAUAAUAAUUAUUUGAAAAGGCAACAAAAUGAUUCAUAAUGUAUAUGCCUCAUUUCCUAACAGAUUCAAGGACCACCUCUCUUGUUCUUCCUGAUUUUCAUCCACAUUUCCAUUUUCCUCUCAUCAUCUAAUAAAUAAUUUCUCUGUUAGGUUUGUUUCCUCUCCCAGAAACGCAGCGUGAUUGUCUUCGAUUGCUAAUCGUCAACAUGGCAAAUGCAGUGUCUGGAAUGCAGGUGGACGACGACUGUAAGCUGAAGUUUUUGGAGUUAAAAUCGAAGAGAAAUCAUAGGUACAUUCUGUUUAAGAUCGAAGGUCAACAGGUUGUGGUUGAAAAGCUGGGGAGACCUGAUGAAAGCUAUGAAGAUUUCACCAACUCUCUCCCUCCUGAGGAAUGCCGUUACGCCGUCUUUGAUUUCGACUUCACCACCGAUGAGAAUGUCCAGAAAAGCAAGAUUUUCUUCAUCGCCUGGUCACCGGAAUCAUCAAGGGUGAGGAUGAAGAUGGUGUAUGCAAGCUCAAAAGACAGAUUCAAGAGAGAAUUAGAUGGGAUUCAAGUUGAAUUGCAGGCCACUGAUCCUAGCGAAAUGAGCCUCGACACCAUUAAAGCUCGAGCAUUCUAAACCCUCCAUCACCACCAUCAAUCUCAAUCUGCAUUAUUCCCCGACCCCUUCUCCAUGUUUUUUUCCCUUUAUAGUGAUCAUACUAGCUGUUGCAGUUCACUUCCCUUACCAUUUUUUUAUCAUGUUCUUUUAUUUAUUUAGGAUCAUACAGUCAAAAGGUGUAAAACUAUGCAUGCACCCUCUGUUUUGGCUGCGCUUUGUGAUGUAGUGAACCGAUUCUGAUGCAUUUCUUUGUAUUCCAACUGCAUUUUUGGAGAAAAAUCUUACU